UUGUCAGUUGAAUCUCAGACCGGUUCGUGAGUGGUGAGUGUAUUCGCGUUGUUCAUGUCGUACAUUUUAUAAUGUAGCCGAAUUCUAAUUUGUGAAUCGCGUAUUGAUAAGGUUCAAUUCAGUCCCUUACGUACAUUUCCUUAUGGAAAUGGGGUUACGUUGUUGACUCUGCUAGUGUUAUCUACAUGGAUUAUGUGGUGGUAAUUUGUUUUACCUUGUGAUUUUUUGUGUAUCUACUGGAUUUUAUCUGGUUCAUUUUCGACUGGUGCUGUAUUUUGCUGGCCUUCUUCCUCAUGUUGGGGGUUUUGAAAAGGCGUUGGAAACCCAAAAGGGGUGUUUCGAAUAACAACAUAAACAACAUCAACAACAACAACAAUGCCACACGCCGCCAAAGUAAGACUGACACUAGUAUGCAGGUGGACAUUGCCAGAACUGCCACUUCACCCAGAGCAAUCCACCCGGUUGUUGAUGAGAAGGCGGCACUGGUUGUGGCGUACGGUUUGCCGCCCCUCGGUGUUGGUGGCGGGGGCGGCGAUGACGAUGCAUGCCGGGAGGCGGCGAUGCCUAGCGGAGGCGGCGUGUACCCUCUAGCGCCCAACAUCUGUGUGGAGGCGGGCCGCAUCGAGUUCAUCAAACCCACGCAAGAUAGCGCCACCUCACCCAAUCUUGAAAAGUCCGAUCCUGCCAAGGAAUGGCUAGAGCGACGAGUGGCACAACUGGAAGAAGCGUUAGAAGAAGAAAGAAAAGGAAUCCAGAGAGAAAGAAUGCUGAGUGCAAAACUACAGCGACAAAUUUCAAGGAGAGAGGUGGCACAACGAGAUGUCGAUAGAGAGAGAAGACUGCGCUGUGAGUCAGAGGCAAGGUUGCGAUCCUCUCUCUCUGAAGCCGAUCGCUGUAGAUCAAGGCUUGCCGCUCUGCAGAAGGAAUUCACUAGGAUGGAAGAUACCGUACGAUCUAUGCUGCAAUAUAAAUCCAAAUACGAGCUGUUGAAACACGAGAAAGCAUCUUUAACACUAGCUUUUGAGAGUAAAGUACAGCAGUUUCAAUCGGCCUUGAAUAAACUUAGUCAUGAAAACGAACAGUUGAAGAAGCAGUUGAGGACUUUCGAAGCUGCGGGAGGUGGGAAAGUUGUGGAGAGACUUCAAGAACUGGAAAGAGACAACUCGGUGCUGUCGCAGGAGGGAGAAGUGCAAAGGAGACAGUAUGAGAGAUGCCUGGAUGAUGUCGCCAACCAAGUGGUUAGAGCUCUGUUAGCUCAAAAGGGUCUACGAGAAGAGAUUGGCAGUCUGCAUAGAAGAAUAAAAGAGCUGGAGACGCAGAAUCGAGCUCUCAGUUCUGUGCUGAUCCAGCAGCUGCAAGGCGCCACUCCAGUCACUCCCUGCUCGUUGCUAGCCUCUAGUCAAGAUAAACCAACUAAAGCAACUGUGACAUUGGCGCUGCCAAGCGGAGGUCACGGGCGUUCACGCGGCGGCGGUCGUCCUCUAAGCUGCGACGAGGCGCGGUUGAGGGGGGCACUGAGGCGUGGGGACGCCGAGGAUGUGGCAAGGGGGGGUGCACUGGUGUGGCUGCCCAUUCAACGGCCUCGAUCACUCAACCUGGCCGACUCCAGUUGCUGUCAGUAUCGCGCACAUCGAAGCAACGCAACCAAUGUUGCCAGCCGACCGCCGUUGCUUACCUCACCACUCACUGGAGGAGGCAACAUUGUGAAGAAGAGUGGCGGGGAGGAUGAGGGCAGCGAGAGUCCGGAGAGCGGGAACCGGGAUGAGGGCUACUCGACGAUGUCAUCGGAUGUGCAGGGCCCCCUGGAGGCCCCCCGAAGAGGGUUGGAGGACCUCAAGGAGGCAACCGACGAGACAGAGUCGGCCACUUUGCCCCCUCCCACCAUCGACCACUCCACUUCGCCUGCUGACAGGAUGCUGGACGUGCCAGAGACAUCGGAGCUGGUGCUGAUACCUCUGAGCGUAGCGGUGGCAGCCAACAGCCGUCACAGCUUCCCACCAGUAGAGGACCUGCUUCCCUUCCAGCACAUCAUGCGCUCCUUCUCAGACUCGCACCUCUGUCUCAAGCUGACGCCCAACUCUCCCUCUCCCUCCUACUCGCUCACCUCCGCCGAGUCGCUCUUUCUCUUCGGUGACAAGCAGCCGCUGCGGAGGUCCCGGGCUACUACCAGUCUACUGUGUACAGCUGUGCAAGAAGAAGAGGAUGACAGUGGAUCAUGGAGCAGUGUGGACAACUGGGACACAGACUACAUCCAGCACUGGCUGAGGCUGGACGAGACCCGAUCGCAGCUGCAACAGCAGAUGGAGUACGAUGCAGCCGAACUGGAGGACUGGACCAUGGAGGAAACCGAAUUCUGGAAGCGAUGCGAAGCAAUCACACCCAACCAAUCACAUCUGCCUUCCAUCCAGGAAACCAAUGCCUCAGAGCUGGAGGAGGAUGCCAACGAGUGCCUGUGGAAUGGCUCAAGUUACCUAACUGAUGGAAACGAACUGAUGGGGAGAUGUUUGUGGCCCACAAGUGCCAGAUGCUUGAUUUCUCCUGGGGGAGACUCAUGGUCCAGUGUGGGAACCAAUUCAGAGGACAGCAAAUCGUGUAACGACAAUUGUCAAAAUGGUUCUAAACGGUCUUCAACCGCCAUGAGCACUGACAGCGGGGAGUCUCCAGCUGUGGGCACUGAUUUCACCAGGGACUUCUACCGAUUGGUCAAGUUUGAAAGCACCAAAAGUCUGGCAUCAACAUCCUCCCGCAGUGAUGCCAACGUUGGUCUGAAGCGAGCCGAUCUGUCUUUCUCAUCAGACAGGGAACAAGCGCUACAAAGUGUGCUGCAUUUUAUUGCUGAACAACAGCAGUACUGUUUGUCAAGGGAGGUGCAGGAUCACCCCAGUGAUGUAUCACUCGAUGUGUCUCCAGUCAAAAAUAAUGCAAUCAAUGAUGAGAAUGAAAAUAGAAGUAAUGAAUUAGUGGAGGGGUUGAUGUUUGCUGAAGACACCCUCGAAUCAAAAGUGAAACCAAAUGAAUGUUGUGAUACAACUAAAGCUCUACCUGAAUCUAGUACAAAUGUAGAAGAGGAUGUUGAAGAGGGGAAGGUAGAUUUGAGAGAGGAUGUAGAUUUGAAGAAACCGACGCUUGUUUCUGAGGACUUCUCCAAUGAUGGCAUCAAUGAUUGCUUGGAUCUGAGGCAUAAGGAUGUGGAGCCUAGUGCAAUGACAAACGGUGUGAAUAAUUGUGAUGUAAAUAGUUGUAGGUUAGGUACAAAACAACAGAUCUUGCCAAAUGAUACUAGUUGUAGUGUUAGUGAUAGUAACAGUAAUAGAAAGUCAGGCAGUGAGAUGGUGGAAGCCAGCAAGGAAGUACAAAAAGAAGUGAAGACUCGUGAUAGUUUGUUGGAACAGCCUAGUUUAAUUCCAAGACUUAUUAGGCCUGACCUGAUUGCAAACAAACCUAUGUUUUUGGGUCCCGUUCCUGAAGAAGAUGAAGACCAUUGUUCCGUAUCCACCAAUGAUUCCGCCCCUAAGUCACCUAAAUCGCCCGAACCCAAAAGAUCCUUAAUCCCUAAGUCAACAGCCCAACUCCCCAAAUCUCCUGAACCAAAAAGGGUUUUCAGGCGACCAUUGGAACCUACAUCGAUCUCGGAUCCUGGUUCAGAGGGUUCAGUUCUGGUUGGUGACUCGAAUGAGUUGGGUUUCCAUGAAAGAGCUUCCUCCAAAGAUGUCAUCGACGAGCUUAAUAGAAUGAUAAGGAAAGGCGAGGAUGCCGAGGUGGAGACCAGCUCUACAGUGACUAACCUGGAUAUGGGAUGCUGCUGUCCUACAGGAUGGGUGCAUGUCGAGAGGGAUAUCGACUUCACUGAUCCUAAGGCGCGUGCCAACCUGCUGGAUGUGAUGCUGGCAGCCAGUCACAGCAGUUCGUCGAGUGAGGACGAGGGGUGUAGAGGGGGUGGUGGGGGAGGCAACAGUAGUGACAGUGAGGCCGAAGAGCAGCCACCCGGAUAUCAGCAUCUGCAUCGCAUACAUCGCUUCAGGAGACAGAAGAAAGCGUCAGCAAACCGCGAACCGCUUGGCGCCCUGCGUUGUCCGGCGUCCGCACCGCGUCCCUCCAUCAUCGGACGCGACGAUUUCUUCGUGCGCUACGGCGAGAAGGAACGCGAAGCAGUCGCCAGCUUCGACUUUCUCGAAGAACUGUCGACAACGUCCAUCAGUGGCGCGUCUUCCUGUGAUAACAAUGGCCCCCCUGGGGCCCCCAGUCUGGGAGGGGACUCGCCCCCCUUGUCGCAGACCCCCGACCCUGACGCCCCCGAAAACCUGUCGCUGAGUGACUCGUGCGCCGGCAGCUACUCCGGCUCUGAGCUCAGUCUCGAAAAUCACUAGAAACCAAAGACUACCCUAGUAGACACUAACCUAACCUAACCUAACAUCACUUGAAUUAACCUGUUUUCUUGGACUAGAUUGUCUAUCUUGCCCUCAACCAUGUAAGCUUUCUAUAUUUUAGAAGUUAUUUGUCCUAACUCAAUUGAGACAUACCUAACUAACCAACUUUCAAUUGGUUUUCUUGAACUAGACUGUCUAUCUUGCCUUCAACCAAGUAAGCUUACUAUAUUUUAGGACUUAAUUUGUCCUUAUUCAACUGAGACAAACAAAUACUUAAAAAAACAACCUUUGAAUAAGGUUUCUUGGACUAGACUGCGUAGGUACAUCUUGCCCUUAACCACAUAGUAAAGUUACUAUAUGUUUUAGGAGUUUCUUUUUGUCCUAGUUCAACUGAGACUUACUAAUGAAGCCUAUUACCUACUUUGUAUUAUUAGUUUUCUUGAAUUGGACUGUCUAUUUAGCCGUGAACAAUGUGAGCUAAUGUGCUAACUGAAUUUUAGAUUUUGACUUUGAAUUAGGACAUCUGUUUUCUUUGUCCUAACUUCAUUUUAAAAUUGGUGACUAAGGUACCUUAAAUAAAAGGUAUCACAGGAGACUAAGAUAAAAGGAGGCCAAGAGAUUGGAUAAAAGGUAUAAAGAUUACCAUCUGUUCACAGUAGUUUUUAUAGUCGUUCUUUAUCACUUUGUUUGUAAUUCUCUGAUAAAAAGUCAUAAAUAGAAACGUUCAUGAAAAUCUGUGAACACAACGUUUAUAUACCUUUUAUCUAUCUACCUUGAUUGGAGGCUACUUUUUUAUUCUAGUUCAACGCAAGGUACCGUACUUAGAUGAAGAAAAUACUUUAUCCAUCUACCAGGAGUUCAACUGACCGUAACUAAACUAACAUGACAUUAAAUUAGGACUGUUCUUGUAACUUAACGUUUUCAUAACUCUCCCAAAACGAAGCUAACUUGAUUUUCACAUAAUAUUUCGAUAGCUCAACAAUAAUUUCACAUUGAGGCCGUAUUUGAAGCUUGAAAAUAUAUUCGUAAAUUAGUGGUUUAAUAUUUAUUGAAAGUCAUGUGAAUUGGCUAGACAAAUAUGAUUGACGCUGUAAUAUAAUUGAAGAAAAAUAUUAUUGAAUUUACUCCAUCAAUUUAUAUCGCAUAUAUGGUAAUUUGGCAUUUUGUGUCACAAAGAGUUUUGUGACUAGAGAAAUGAGAGUUGGAAGUUUUAUUAUCUUGUUUCCAAUCUAAAACGAUGCAGUGUAUUUUGAUACGUAUCCCUCCAUUCCCUCUUCCUUUUUGAUAUGGAGGUUUACCAACCGAGAGCUGAGGACAGCUCAAUUAGCUUCCUUCCGACUUCGCGAAUGAGUAAUUGGUAGUCAACUAGUUUGGAGGAGUCUAGUAUCUGUGUCUCUUUCACUUGUCGAGUUGCUGUACCCAAAUGUAUUGGGACGAACUCGUUGGAAGUAUCAAUUCCAUAGUAACCAUAUUGUUUGUCAAAUGACUAUCAAAACUGUUAAUGUACACCGACCAUUACUUAUCAACCUGUUAAGCUUCUCUCACCUUUCGUCCAAUAUUUGCAUAAAAAAUUCCUUUAAAAAAUUAAUAUCCAGUCGAACUGACUAUUGGGCCUAUAAAUGUUUUAUAGUACAACACAGUAACGAUGCACUAGGUUUAAAUUAAAUGUGUAUGCCGAUCAUAGGCUCGGUUGCGCAAGUCUGUUAAAUUUUUAUGGUGGUUAAAUUGCACAAGAUCAAAUUGGAGAAGCCUUUUUAAAGUGAACUGGGCCAUUGUUGAAUAAUAAGCGAGAGCACUCAGAAAACAUACCCUCCUCUCCAUAAUUUAUAGGUACUGAACUUCUAAUCAAUGAAAUUUGUAGCUAGAAAUAUGUACAGAUACGGUAGGUUUAUCGAAUAAGCCUAAUUAUUACGAAUUUACUAAAAUGUCUAGUGUUUUGACUCUCGAGUACUAUACUAUACACAAUAUUAGAAUGGCAUUGAGCUCUUGAUACUAGUUUUUCUAGAUGAGUAAUAUGACCUUACAAAUUCUUAUAGUUUCCAAUUAUUGUAAAAUCAUUAAUAAAUAUUGUUUGAGUUCUUCUUGUUUUUAAUGAUGAGAAAUAUUUCUAUUAUUUAUUUAUUUUUGCACGUGGUAUUCAACAAAUUAUAUGAUAUUGUGAAAUGUUCUUAACAUAUUCAUUAGUUUCUCUCGAUAUAGUAUGAAUUUUCAAAAAUUGAGUACUCGAAAAAAUAGAGAAUCGUGGCUCUGUAGAGCUUAAUGAUUUUUAUAGAUUGAGAAAUUUGAUUCCCAAUAUUAGAGUAGAAUAUUUUCCAUUUACUCAAUCUCAUCCAUCACAUUUCUUAUAAUUAUUUUCAUAUUUAAUACAGAAUCAUUUUAAUCAUAGUU